AUGGAGUUUCAGAGUCUCAGCUUUGAGGAGAGGACGAUGUGGAUAAGCUCUGUUGUGAUCGACACUGUCCUCAUUGCUACUGGGAAAACUCUCGCUUGCCUUCUCAUAGCGACUCGAGCUCUUCUUGCAGAUGUCAAUGAUUUAGUGUCACCAAUGGAUGGAAGGUUUCCUAUAGACCAACUGUGCAAGAGAAAACAUACUUCUGAAGAAAACAAGGAUGCUAGUGAAACAGAGGAUGAUGAGGAUGAUGAAGAAGUGAAUGAUGCAGAUGAUGAUGAUGAUGGAGAUGACGAGGACUUCUCUGGUGAUGAAGGCGAGGAAGACGUAGAUCCUGAGGAUGAUCCUGAGGCCAAUGGUGCAGCAGGAAGUGAUGACGACGAUGAGGAUGAUGAAGAAGAUGAUGACGAUGAUGAAGAUGGUGGAGAAGAUGGAGAAAAUGAUGAAGAGGAAGAGGAUGAAGACGAAGAAGAAUCUCCGCAGCCACCUUCUAAGAAGAAAAAGUGAGAAUUAUACCAGUAGGCAAAUUGUUUUCUUUCUGCCUGUUUAAUGCUUUCUAGUUUCUAGUCAAGUUCUCAGUACGGAGAUUU